AUGGAGAACCAACUUGUCGUCGUCAUCAGCGGCGCCGGCCGAGGGAUCGGCAACGCCCUGGCUCAAGCCUAUCUAUCACGCCCGAACUGUAUCGUGGUCGGGACGGUCCGCGACGACAGUACGCCGGCUGUUGCCGAGCUUGCGGCGUCACCCAAAGGAAGCGGAUCGAAGCUGCUCCUGGUCAAGAUCGAGAGUUCCGUCCCCGCAGAUGCAAGUGCCGCAAUAGAACGGGUAAAGGCCGCAAACAUCGACCAUAUCGAUAUCGUCAUAGCGAACGCUGGUGUGAGCCCACCAGUUGUGGGGCUCGAGACAGUCGAUCCUGAGGAGAUGGCCAGCGCAUACAGAGUCAACGUCCUCGGGCCUCUGGCUUUAUAUCAGGCCUGUUACGGACUCCUUGAAAAGUCAGCAAACGCCAAGUUCGUGUCUGUUAGCAGUGCUGCUGGGUCUAUUGGAGGCAUGGAAGGCAAUGGCGCCCAUGUCGCACCGGCGUAUUGUGCGUCGAAGGCGGCUCUAAACUGGAUCACCUUGGCGGCCCAUUGUAGUCAUGAAUGGCUCACAGCUCUUGCCUUGAACCCGGGUCUUGCAGAUACAGAUAUGGGCAACGGAACCGCCCGAUAUCUAGGCAUGGAGAAGGCGCCUUACACGAAGGAGUUCUGUGCAGAGAAGAUGAUAGCCAUAAUUGACAAUGCCAGUCGCCAGACUACGUCGGGGAAGUUCAUCAACGCCAUCAAUGGCAAGGAAUUGCCGUGGUGA